UGACGAAGCAGACGAGGGAAGGAUUCUGCACCUCGGAAGGAUGCUCUGUGGCUCUGUCACUGCAUAGACCUGGACAGUCUGCUUCCGUCACUCCCAUCCGGCCAUGCAGAGCCGGGGGCCGCGAGGGCAGGGCUGCCCGUGUCCAUGGGCCUAGACAUUUGCCUGGCAUUUUGUCAUCUUGGCGUGUGGGGCAGAAGUAGGGUAUCCGGGGGGGUCCCAGGCGGGUCACCGCAGCACCUUCAGACUAGGGUGGCCCCGGGCGGGUCCAUUCGGAGGCACUGUCCUGCAGCCCGGGGUGCGGGUGGUGGUGCAGGGCCUGCCCCUUUGUGCUGGGCCACGCCGGUCACAGCGCGCGUUAGACUCAGAGUUAGACUUCGUCUGAAAUUCUUCCUCUUGCCCCAGGAAGUUCCUGGUCCCAGUGUAGCCACCAGCUUGCGGACAGGAGAGGAAGCCUUGCCCGGGUGACCGGUGUCGCCCUGUGGGACCCCAGAACCAGCCGGGCCCCUGCCACCACCUCCUGCCGCUCUGCCAAGCGUUCUGGAAGGGGCCUAGGGCGGCUGUGGAUGCGUUUCCUACAGCUCCCCGGACCUGCGAGGCCUCUGGGGACCUAGGGGAGGAGUGGGGAGGCCUUCUCUGAUGCCUUCUCACAGGCAUCCUCGUCCUCAUGGGGAUCCCUUGUCACUCCGGCACGUCCAGAUGGGGCAGGCAGGCUGCGUGGGGACAUACGUGGUGUUCCACUCAUUCGUGGCCGAGCAGCACACACCGCGGACUCUCCUGCCCGCCUUGGCUUCUCUCCUGAGCUGCCUGCCACCUUUGGCCACAUAGGAGUGCGUGGACAUGGGUCAUUGCUGCCCCGUCGGCUGGCUGGGGAAAGCCCCAGGUCGGUGUGUCAGCGUGAUGCAGCCCCAUGUCCAGGCUGACGGCCUCCGUGCAGACGCCCCCUGGGGCCUUGCCCGCCCUUUGCGUUUUGGGAUGAACUUCACGCCCGGGGCAGUAGUCUCUCCCCGGGUGCUGUGCUUUGCCGAGGGCAGUGGUCACUGUCCCCUGGACCAUUCCCUGAGAGGGGGCUGCUGCCCACGGAGUCACGUGGAUGGUACCGUGCACCUUUCCAGUUUACUGUGUCCGCCCGAGAUGUGUUGAGCAGAGCUGAGUUCAGGUGAGGACACACUACCUGGUGUUUGCUCUCUCUGGCUCCAUCCUGAUGACCAGCUUCUUGUUCCCUGGUCUCCUCGUGCUCCCCGCGGCGAGGGGGCGUGCCCUGUGAGUGUGCCGCCCUCGGCGCCCCUGCCAUGUGAGUGCCGUGGACAGCAGCUGGGCCCCGGCCACGCGCCGGGCCUGGUGAGCUUCCCGGGGCACGAGCUGCCACCCGUCCCACGGCUGAGCCUGCACAGUCCUUGCCGAACGCUUGCUCUUGCGUGUGGUCGGCACCGAUGUCAGUGCUGUUCCCUUGCAGCCCUUUGCUGGGAGCUGCUUCUUGGCCCCUCUGCUGUCCCAAUAGUGGGACUCAUCUGGUCGUCAGGGGUCCUUGUAGGGACAGGUUUUAGGAAGACAGUCCAGCACGGAGGGUGGGCUCUGGAGACAGACAGUCUGCGCUGAGACCCCUCCCCACCCCCCGCCCCCCCGCCAGGGCCUGUGACUCAUUCACUUGCCCCUUCGAGCCCCCCUUUCCAUCCAUGUGACGGAGGCAGACCGUGGCUGCCGUGUGGGUGCGGAGCAUGUCCGGGGAGCCGAUGCGCACGCUGCCUCUCACAUGUCCCCCCUCGUGCCAGCCAGGUCCUCACGUGGCCUUCCCUGUUGACGUCUUCUCGACUCUUUCCGAGGACGGGGAGUCCGGGCGCUUGCGUGUCAGCAUUGUCGUCAGACUGCAGGAGUGGCGUGGGACUUCGGGCGCAAAAUCAUUCCCUCCGCGCUCUCAGGUGUCCGUCCCGCCCGGCGCUCUGGACUGCUGGGUGUUCCUCAGCUGCCUGGAGGUGCUGCAGAGGAUUGAAGGCUGCUGCGACCGGGCGCAGAUCGACUCGAACGUCGCCCACACGGUGGGCCUGUGGAGCUACGCCACCGAAAAGCUAAAGUCCUUGGGCUACCUGUGUGGCCUUGUGUCAGAGGAAGGCCCUAACUCAGAGGACCUCAACAGGAUUGUUGAUCUUUUGGCAGGUUUGGGAGCUGAGCGACCCGAAACAGCCAACACAGCUCAGAGUCCUUACAAGAAACUCAAAGAAGCGUUGUCAUCGGUAGAAGCUUUUGAAAAGCACUACUUAGACCUGUCCCACGCCGCCAUCGAGAUGCACACGAGCGUCGGGAGGACCCGCUCCGCCAGGCUCGUCGGGAAGGACCUGGCCGAGUUUUACAUGAGGAAGAAGUCUCCACAGAAGGCGGAAAUCUAUCUUCAAGGAGCACUGAAAAAUUACCUGGCCGAGGGCUGGGCUCUCCCGAUCACGCACACAAGGAAGCAGCUCGCCGAAUGUCAGAAGCAUCUCGGACAGACUGAGAACUACCUUCAGACCAGUAGCCUUUUGGCCAGUGACCGCCACCUGACGGAGGAGGAGCGGAAAUACUUCUGCCAAGAGAUACUCAGCUUUGCCAGCCGCCAGACAGGCAGCACAGGUCAGAAGAUCAUACUCCCUCUGCAUUGUUUCGCACACCUGCGAGAUCUGCAUUUUACCCCAUCCAACGCUGUGGUCCACGUGGGCGGCGUUCUCUCCGUGGACAUAACCUUGUGCAGCCAGAUGCCCAUCCCCGUCCGCGUGGAGCAGAUCGCCAUCAGCGUCCACUUCAGCAUCGAGAACAACUACUACCGGAAGGCGGCCGGAUGGCUCACCGAGCACAAGACGGCCAACGGGGUCAUUACCUUUCCAGCGGAGACCUCGCCCCUCCCCGCCGCCCAGAACAACUUGCCAGCACUGGAGCUGUACGAGAUGUUCGAGAGGAGUCCCUCUGACAACUCCUUGAACACGACAGGGAUCAUAUGCAAAAAUGUCCACAUGCUGCUGAGAAGGCAGGAGAGCAGCACCUCUCUGGAGACACCCUCAGGCGUGGCUCUGGAGGACGGGGCCCACGUGCUCAAAUGUAGUGACGUGACCCUGGAGCCGGGGCCCAACAGGAUAACGUUCAGGACGCAGGCCAAGGAGCCCGGGACAUAUACGCUGCGGCAGCUGUGCGCCUCGGUGGGCCCGGUGUGGUUCGUGCUGCCGCACCUCUACCCGCUGGUGCAGUACGACGUGUACUCGCAGGAGCCGCAGCUGCACGUGGAGCCGCUGGCCGAUAGCCUCUUGGCUGGUAUUCCUCAGAAGGUCAAGUUCACUGUCACUACGGGCCAUUAUACCGUAAAAAACGGCGACAGCCUCCAGCUGAGCAACGCAGAAGCCAUGCUCAUCCUGUGUCACGCGGAGAACAGAGCCGUGAUCUACUCCAACACAAGAGAAAAGGCUUCUGAUGUGUUGCUCCGGGUCCAGUCGUCUGACAAGGUCACCAGCAUCAGUCUGCCCGCUGCUCCUGCGUACCACAUGAUUGAAUUUGAACUGGAAGUUCUGUCUUUACCUUCUGCUCCAGUAACCGGAGGAGAGAGCAGCACGCUGGGGACGACAGAGCCCCACAGGAAGCAUAAGGACACACACAGAGCUGGCCACUGCAUGGCUACCACGGACCACAAAGUGUCCAUCGACUGCCCGUGGUCCAUCUACUCCACUGUCAUCGCUCUGACCUUCAGCGUGCCCUUCCGGACCACGCACUCGCUUCUCUCCGCCGGGACACGGAAGUACAUUCAGGUGUGUGUCCAGAAUUUGUCGGAACUUGACUUUCAGCUGUCGGAUGGUGACCUUGUGGACCACGGCUGCGGUGCUGACCUGCAGCUCGUCCCUCUGAAUGCCAAGUGCCCGCAGGCCAUCCACAGCAAGCAGUCCGUGUUCUUCGUGUGGGAGCUGCUGUGGGCACGGGAGCCCCCCCCUUCUCUGCGCUGCCGCUUCUCCGUUGGAUUCUCCCCGGCUUCUGAAGGACAGCUCUCGGUCCCCUUAAAGCCGUACACGUACGAAUUUCAAGUGGAAAAUUUUUUUACGUUAUAUAACGUGAAAGCGGAGAUCCUGCCCCCCUCGGGCACGGAGCACUGUCGGACGGGCUCGCUCUGCUCGCUGGAGGUGUCCAUCACGCGGCUCUCGGACCUCUUGGAGGCGGACAAGGACGAAGCGCUGGCGGAGGCCGACGAGUACUUUUCGACCAAGCUGAUGUACGAAGUGGUCGACAACAGUAGCAACUGGGCGGUCUGCGGGAAGAGCUCUGGCGUCAUCUCCAUGCCCGUGGCCGCCCAGGCCACGCACCGCGUCCACAUGGAGGUGAUGCCCCUCUUCGCGGGCUACCUCCCCCUCCCUGACGUCAGGCUGUUUAAAUACCUCCCCCACCACUCGGCGCACUCCUCACAACUGGACGCUGAUAGCUGGAUAGAGAGCGACAGCCUGUCGCUGGACAAGCACCUGGACGACCAGCCGGACAGCAGCAGCGUCCGGAGCCGGGGCAGCACGCACUCGGCCUCCAGCGGCGAGCACAAAGGCCUGCCCAUGCCCCGGCUCCAGGCGCUGCCGCCGGGCCAGGUCUUCAACUCGAGCACGGGCACGCAGAUCCUGGUCAUCCCCAGCAAAGACGACCACGUCCUCGAAGUCAGCGUCACAUGACCACGCCUGGAGUCCGCACACGCCCCCGGCCGCGUGUGGGCGCACGGGAAGGGACCCUGGCUCCGUCGCUCUCUCCAUCGUGACAUUCUAGCGCUACCUGGACUCGCGGUGCUUCUGCCUGGCCACGGAAGCAUCGGAGGGUUUCCGGCGUGCGGCCGGUCGGCUGCGUUACAGCGUCGUUUUGUGUUGUCCCCGCCGUAAGAGGACACGCUGCUCUCUCCUCUCGCAUCCCUGGGUCCCUUUGCUGGCGUCCUGCGGGGUCUGCAGAGCCCCGCCCCUCCCUGCACCCUCACCUGGCCGCCUCCCCGUCUCCUGGUUCCUCAUGGAGUCCGUGUGCCUUCCAGGGAGACACACAGCAGGCCCUGCCGUCUUCGUGGUCACACGUGUGUGCCUUCCUGGUCGCACGGCUGCCCUCUGGCUCCCGGCCCGGGUGGAUCGGUGAGUCUCCUGGAGGGUGAGACACCAUCUUGUACCCGAGAUACGUAGCGAUUUUCUAGAAUUACACCCUGUUAGGGCAGAUCAGUGAGGCUGAGGGCUGGGUGGGGAGGGAACAGAAGGACCCCCCUUCUGUGCCUUGGGGUGGCCCACUGGGUGGACCUGGAGCCUCCAUUAGCUGAAGCCAUCUUAAAGGUACUCGGGGAAGACGAGACCAGGGCCUAAGGGACAACUUGGCAUUGAACUAGUUUAGGAACAAACGUUUCUGGAACCCCUGUUCCCCAUGAUGUUGACUGAAGGUCAAUAUGCACUUGAAAUUAAAUAUGUAUUUAUUUUAAUUACCAUUAUAUAUGUGGGGGUGAUAUGUUGUUUUCUUCUCACCUUUAAAGUGUUGACAUGUCAUCGUCACUGUAUAAUCAAUAUGUUUCUUCUGCACCUUAAGUCCUAGACAUUAAGAGGCUCCAUUUCAGGGGGACUGGGAGGGGCGGCCCUCUCAGUGUGCUUCUAGUUUGGUUGUGGGAAGGACGAAGAGUCUUGGAGUAUUCUCUGCCGGUCCACUAAAAUCGCAGUCACGCCGUACCAAUGGAUUAAUUUGCUUUUGGUUGUAAAUUUAAUUGUACAUAUGGUUGAUUUAUUAUUUUUAAAAGUACAGACUAACGGAUGUAAUGUUUAUGUAUAAGUUGCACCAAAAAUCAAGGAGAAAAUAAAUGUGUUUGUUUUUACUGGU